AUGCAAACAACUGAAAAUGUUUGUUUACGGAAUUAUCAAUUUAAAGAUAAAACAUCUUAUUUAACUUGUACAAAACGUUUAUUAUGUGAAAAUGAACUAUCAUCAAACGCAAUAAUUUAUUGUAUACAAUGUAAUUCAUUACUAUGUAUUGAAUGUAAUAAUGAAAUUCAUAAAAAUUUAAAUAAUAAUAAAAAUCAUG